AAAAAUCUUCUUAUUACAGAUGUCUACUACGAUGAAUUCUAUGAAGGUAUUUUUGACCCUAAAGCGGAUGUUGUUCCCAUUGUCUUGGCUGUGUUAGUUGUGCUCAUUAACAGUUUGGUUCUGAUUCUAAUGGCACGAAAAAAGUAUCUGCGGUCAAUCACCAAUCUUCUGCUCUGUAGCCUGGCCGUUUCUGACCUGUUAACAGGCCUGGUUUCUGUGCCGCUGUUUCUCACGUGCAGCAUCGUCCGCCAAUCAGAAGUUUGCAUCAUCCAGGACCAGAUGUCUCGUUUUAUUGCUGCGUUGAUUGUCUGUCAUCUGAUGUGUGUUACUACAGAUAGGUAACUUUAAUCAUUAAGAGUAAUCAGCAAAUUCUCUUCAUAGGAAAUUUAUGGGAAAGAGUAUUGAGAAUCUGUAUGCUGAUAUUGCAAUCAAACAGAAUGAUGGGAUGGUGGCUUUAUUUACAAUUGAUGGUUACUAUUUUGGCGUUUAUAGGGCUUAUAAUAUAUAAUCGUCAAAAGUUUCGGUGUCUUUCAAACAGAAAUCUGAACAAAAACGAUAAAAGAAAAAAAAAUACAAAUCUCCUGACAAGUUGCUAAUGGUACUCAUUUACAGUAAUUUUUAGGGAGUUAUUAUAACUCUAAGAAUGGAGUAAAAAUUUUAGGUACAGGAUAACCCCUUUUAUGGUGUUACUUUGACUCCUAAUUAAACUCCAAAUUUGGGGUCAUUUUUACUCCACCUGAAAAAGAGUUCUUUUUACUCCCAGUCUGGAGUUAAAAUAACUCCGAAAAUGGGGUUAUUUUACUCCUUACAUCGGUUGUUUUUAAUCUUUUUGGAGUUACUUUAACUCUGAAAGUAAAUUUUAGGUACAGGAUAACUCCUUUUUUGAGGUUAUUUUAACUCCGCAAUAUCUGGGGUCAUUUUUACUCCCGAAAAAGAGUCUUUAAACUCCUUUUUGGAGUUAAAAUAAUUCCGCCAAAAAAAACUCCACGGUAAGGAGUUAAAUUAACCCCACAUGAGGAGUUAUUAUAACUCCUUGAAAAUUACUGUGUUCUAACGCGCCUAUCUCGCUGACAACUGGAGACUUUCUUCUUUGCAGAUAUCUGGCAAUCAUUCACCCUCUCCAUUACUCUUCACUCGUUACACGACCCAGAUGCAUUGUGGUUAUUCUGGUCGUCUGGUCAGUGUCCGCGGUUACUGCAUUGGUACAACUAUCUUGGCUGGACCCAUUCCACGAUCCCCAUGUAGAGCCAAGUGAGCAUUUAUUAAAGGCAGAACUCAUAUAUGACGUCAUCUUCAUUAUCUUGUUUUUCUUCAUUCCUAUGGUACUUAUGCUAUUCUCAUACGCCAGGAUUGUCAUUGAAAUAGCUCGUCAAAGUCGCAAUAUUCAUCAGAGUUAUCUACCAUCUUUUACGCAUUCAAGAAGCAGAAACCGCCAUGAACGCAAAGCCGUUGCCAUAUUUGCUUCGAUGAUGCUUGCGUACGUGAUAUGUUGGUUACCAUAUAUCGCUCUGCGGAGGUUUGAUUACACAAAGGUUCCCAUACCCUUGGCGUAUGUAAUCUACUGGUUAAGAUUUCUAGCUUCACUUUUAAACCCUUGCAUAUAUAUCCUGGGCAAGCAAGACUUUCGAAAAGCUCUUUUUGAACAUCAACUAAAACUUGAGUUAAACUUCACGAACAGUUCAAAGUCGGUGAUUUUAAAGAACACUUUAGCGACACCGGCUGGCAAAAACGAGAAAAUUCUCAUGAAGUCCUUUUCGAGAAUUGGUAGCAAAAAAACAUGGAACUGUUGA